AAUUGCCAGCGUUGAGUGUCACUGCUGCCGGGAGGAGUGUCCGAUGACUGGCAUGAAGACGAAACACUUAACAGCAGAAUUUCCUUGAACAAGAAAUGACAGUAGAAAUGUCCAAACACACUCCGUCACAUUUGGAGAACAUUAGAAGGCGACACAGCGACGUUUAAAGGACAACAUAGACGUAAGAAGUAAGCGCUUCUGGCCAUUGUUAUCUGUAGCAUGAUCAUUAGCGUGUUUCAGUCGUGAAGCGGAACUCUGAUGUAGAGAAAGUAUUCCUGUAUGUGCUUCCUUCACAAGUUUUACUGCGUCAGUGAUCAUAAGUGAUGCGUUUCAACGAGAAGGAGUUGAUGUCUCUCAGCCGUCAGCCCUCAGAGAAGGCAGCUGAGCUGGGGAUGCGAGGACCAAAGAAAGGAGACGUGGUCAAGAAGAGGCUGGUGAAACUGGUCGUAAACUUCCUUUUUUAUUUCCGGACUGAUGAGGAAGAGCCAAUCGGUGCUUUGUUGCUGGAGCAGUGUCGGGUGGAGAAGGAGGACAGCUUGACCUUCUCUGUUGCAUUUCUGGAUGAAGCAGAGAGGAAGUACCUGUUUGAGUGUGACUCUGAGGAGCAGUGUGGCGAGUGGAUAGACUGCAUCAUCAAAGCCAGUUAUGAGUUCAUGAGGAAGAACCUGAUAUUCUACAGAACAGAAAUCCACAGGCUCACCGGCAAGGACCCCUUGGAGCAGUAUGGCAUAUCAGAUGAAGCUCGCUUCCAGGUCAGCAAUGGCCUGCAACUGAUGAUGAGAGAUACCUCCUCCCUGUAAAACAACGUCCUGUGUUCAGAUGUUCCAAAUUUUGUUUUAGUUCAACCUGUGUCUUCAACAUUCACUCCAUUAGUUUGUUAUCUAUGACAUAAGCAUGUUUAUUUUAAUUGCUCUGGUUGUUUUGAAGGCUUGCUCCAGACUUACAUAGAGGACGAGUAGAGUAUCUGAAGUGUGCAAAGGGAUAACUCUAAACUUUUCUUCAUAUCAAUCAUUUAAGUAACAUCUUUCUUAGUUUCUGGGAUUUUAUACACCAUUUUCUUUUUCAUAUUCAAACUAUGCCUUGGUCUAUUGGUUCUGUAUGAAACAUGUUUUAUAUUAUAUUUUUUACUGGUCAUGCUGUACUUCUAGACAAUGUGACUUUGAGAGCAUCUGGUUGUAAUGAUGCUGUCAAGUUUUGGCUGUGACUUUUUCAAUACUGUCUGUAUCCUACACAUCAGUGUGUUUAAUGUUGUUAUCCAAGACAUUUGGUGACAACUAAUAUUAGUUAAGUAAAUGCACACUGGAUCAGGAUCAGCUUUAUUGACCAGGUAUGUUUGUGAAAACAAGGGAUUUGACUCUGGUGACCCUGUUUACAACCAUUCAAAAAUGAAAUAUUUAGCUAAUCAGCUAAUAAAUACAAGCCUACAAAAUACAUUGGUACAGUGGUGCAGUGGUAAGGAGUGCUAAAGAUGCUGAAAUAAAUAUGAUAAUUCCUUUGGAGCAGUAUAGGAUUAUUGGAUAUCUUACAUUUUUUUGACUGCAUGGGCCCUUUGAUCUGUUGAGUUUUUCCCUUUUUUUCAUUUUGAGAAAUAAUUUAAUGUGAUCCAAUUUUUCAAUUAUAAUCCAGCUAAUUUAGAGAUAUAUGUUUUUAAAACUACUUUUGCACAUCACUGGGAGUUUUUUUUCUUCACAUGAAUUUCAAUAAUUGACUUGAACCUACUGUACUUUGUAUGUGGCACUUUGUAUCAGACUCCUUUAGCUAAGCUGUAUGACCAUUUUGGGACAAAUGGCUCGUGACUUGACUUUUUUUAACAUUUCUUUUUUUAAAGCUUUUUGUCAGUGUGGCUACAACACAGUAGCUGCUAAUGUUGAGGUAACAUUUUGCUCUCAAUAUUUCACUAUGUGACAUUGCUGUAUCCUGCAAAUUGUUAAAUAAAUAUAUGUGUAUAUCUUUAGUUUUAAAUCAGGAGUCUGCCCAGAAACAUGUCAUUGAAUGUGUAUUCAUUUUAAACUUUUGCACAUAAAUGUUUUCAUUCUGAUUUGACUUCAUGUUCGGUUAUGUUUGUUUCACUGGCAACACUUUUAUUUUACUAAUAAAGUCAUUAAAA